UGGGACUCGGCCAGGCUCAAGCGCGUCCCGCGGCCGGCGCGGCCUGUCAGACCUGCGUUAAGGCGCGUCGGGGGACAAGGCGUUUUCGGGACGCAGGUGACUCUCGCAGAGCCCGGGAAACAGGAGCAGUACCAGGUGCUUGCCUGCAGAAGAAAGCCAAACCUUUUGUUGUGUAGUUCGGAGAGAGACUCUGAAUAUGUCUGGCAUAGCUCUUAGCAGACUUGCACAGGAGAGAAAAGCCUGGAGAAAAGAUCAUCCAUUUGGAUUUGUAGCAGUACCGACAAAAAAUCCAGAUGGCACAAUGAAUCUAAUGAACUGGGAAUGUGCUAUUCCAGGAAAGAAAGGGACACCGUGGGAAGGUGGCUUAUUUAAACUACGGAUGCUCUUUAAGGACGACUACCCUUCUUCACCCCCAAAAUGUAAAUUUGAGCCACCAUUAUUCCACCCAAAUGUGUAUCCUUCAGGCACAGUGUGUCUCUCCAUCUUAGAGGAGGAUAAGGACUGGAGGCCAGCAAUCACAAUUAAACAGAUCUUGUUAGGAAUACAAGAACUUCUAAAUGAACCAAAUAUUCAAGACCCAGCUCAAGCAGAGGCUUACACAAUUUACUGCCAAAACAGAGUGGAAUAUGAAAAGAGGGUUCGAGCACAAGCCAAGAAGUUUGCACCAUCAUAAGCAUCUGUCAUGCAGCAUCUUAAAAAGGAAGGGAUUGGUUUGGCAAGAACUUGUUUACAAAACUUUUGCAAAAUCUAAUGUUGCUAUGUACAAUUAAUAUCCACUUAGGGGAGGGGGUUGUAUGUGUGCCAUUUUCCAUAUUCGCCACUUGUAUACAGUUCUAAAUUUGCUGAAUUGCCCCCAGUUUUUUCAUACAGGGUCUCUUCCUUCAGUCUUUUGUAUUUUUGAUUGUUAUGUAAAACUUGCUUUUAUUUUAAUAUUGAUGUCAGUAUUUCGACUGCUGUAAAAUUAUAAACUUUUAUACUUCUAUAAAUUCACUAGUAUCUCUAGUUACUUUGCUAUCUGAUGCAGGCAUGCUUUAAAAUGUUAGAACUAUAUUUAGCCUUUAGCUGGCUGUAAGAAAAAGAAAAUCAUGCCCUCCACCCCCUUCCCUCCCUGAGUUUGUUUUUCUAUCUUUCAGAAACUAGGUUGUUAUUGCUUAAGAGCCUCUGAGAUCCAAAGUCAGCCAGCAUCUUUACUCUGCAUCACUUCCUUUGUGUUUAUAUGGCGUUGUCUGUGUUGCUGUUUAGAGUAAAUAAACUGUUUAUAUAAA